AUGUUUUCAACUGCACGUUCAGAUACAUUAUUUUUAGGAGCUCAAAAGAUAAGUGGAGACGAUGUUCGUACUCAAACUGUACUCGCGGCCCAAACCGUCGCCAACGUCGUCAAGUCUUCGUUGGGACCAGUCGGAUUAGAUAAAAUGUUAGUUGAUGAUAUUGGUGAUGUUACUGUUACUAAUGAUGGGGCUACUAUUUUAUCGUUAUUGGACGUACAGCACCCUGCAGGUAAAAUAUUAGUUGAGUUAGCUCAACAGCAAGACCGUGAAGUAGGUGAUGGUACUACAAGUGUUGUUAUUAUUGCUGCUGAAUUGUUAAAACGUGCACAUGAAUUGGUGAGACAUGGUAUUCACCCAACUACAAUUAUAAGUGGGUAUAGAUUGGCUUUAAGAGAAUCUAUUAGAUAUAUCAACCAAGUAUUGUCACAAAAUGUUGAUCAAUUGGGGACAGAAACUUUGAUCAACAUUGCUAAAACGUCAAUGAGUUCUAAAAUUAUUGGUUCUGAUUCUGAUUUUUUUGGUAAAAUGGUAGUGGAUGCCAUGUUGGCUGUGAAGACUACUAACGGCAAGGGUGAAACCAAGUACCCUGUCAAGGCAGUUAAUAUAUUGAAAGCCCAUGGCAAAUCAGCAUUGGAAUCUGUUUUAGUUGAUGGCUAUGCUUUGAAUUGUACUGUUGCAUCACAAGCAAUGGUAAAGUCAAUUAAAAAUGCAAAGAUUGCUUGUUUAGAUAUUAAUUUACAAAAGGCAAGAAUGGCCAUGGGAGUACAAAUAAAUAUAGAUGAUCCUGACCAAUUAGAAGAAAUCAGAAAAAGGGAAUAUGGUAUAAUCAUUGAAAGAAUCCAAAAGAUUUUGGCCAGUGGUGCUAAUGUUAUUUUGACCACAAAAGGUAUUGAUGACUUGUGUUUGAAAGAAUUUGUUGAAAAUGGUUGUAUGGCCGUUAGACGUUGUAAAAAAGAGGAUUUGAGAAGAAUUGCUCGUGCUACUGGCGCCAUUUUGGUAUCCUCUUUGUCGAACUUGGAAGGUGAUGAGACUUUUGAAACUUCUAAUUUGGGAUCUGCAGAAGAAGUUGUUCAAACCAGAAUCAGUGAUGAUGAAUGUAUUUUAAUUAAGGGUACAAAGCAACACACUUCCAGCUCCAUAAUAUUGCGUGGUCCAAACGAUUUCUCCUUGGAUGAAAUGCAAAGAUCAUUACACGAUUCACUUUCUGUUGUGAAACGUACUUUAGAAAGUGGACAUGUUGUGCCAGGAGGUGGUGCUGUUGAAGCUGCAUUAAACAUUUAUUUGGAAAAUUUUGCAACAACCGUUGGUUCACGUGAACAAUUGGCCAUUGCUGAGUUUGCAAAUGCUUUAUUGGUUAUUCCAAAGACUUUGGCUCUGAAUGCUGCCAAAGAUGCUAGUGACUUGGUUGCUAAAUUGAGAACAUACCAUGCUGCUGCACAAAUUGCCAAGCCUGACGAUGAAAAGCGUAGAAAAUACAAGAACUAUGGGUUGGACUUAAUUAAUGGUAAGAUUGUCAACGAAGCAACUAACGGUGUAUUGGAACCAACAGUUUCCAAAAUCAAGUCAUUGAAGUCUGCCUUAGAAGCAUGUGUUUCAAUUUUAAGAAUUGACACUAUUAUAGAAGUUCAUCCUGAACCUCCAAAAGAAGAUCCUCACGCUCAUUAA